CCACAAGUUGGGUUUUGCAAAUUGUGAGCACAAGCACAAGGAGGAAGACGAACGAUCGCCGCACACGCACGCACACAACACACAACCACCGCCACCAAGACGACUCAAGAGGUCACAAGCAACGCAGCCGCGAGCAGUCAUGGCCAGCCAGACAAGGGCAAGGCCGCCAUGGCUCAGGCGUGCAUCAUCCACCAAUCCGACACCACCUCCGCCGUCAUCAACAGCGACAACAGUACCAGUUGUAGCUGCAGUGGCUGUGCACAAGCAGUACUUGCAACAGCACGCAUCCACAAGCUCCAGCCCAGCAACAUCCACAUCCUCUUCUCCAAAUGUGCCCUUGACUCGACCAACAGAUUCCACUACCACCGCAACGGGACGCGGCGGACCACUUUCCCGACGCACCAGCAGUAGCAGCAGCACUAGCACCACCAGCACCAGCACCAGCACCAGCACCAACACCAACACCAACACCAACACCAACACCAACACCACCACCACCACCAGCACCAACGCCAACACCAACACCAAGCCUGCCGUUGCUGGCUCCCUGCCGUCCUCGGCUUCCUCAACGGCUUCAACCUCCUCUUCCACGGCAUCUACUCCAACUGCCGAAGCCGAGUUCCUCGCACCCACACCGCCAUCAACAACCCUCGACAACGACAACGCCGCCGACGACACUGAUGACAAUGAUGGUGAUGCCAAAGACACAGGUGCCAACGUGCAACAAGGCGGCACAUUUCAACGUUAUCCCAACGGCACCAGCAUUACCAACACCAGCACCAACGACAGCGGUGCCACUGCACAAGAUGCGCAGCAAGAUGCCACGUCCGUCAGCUUUGAUGACAUCGACUUCGGCGCCUUGGACGAUUCGUUGUUUACCAGCAACGGUACAGCCAGUAAUGGUGCAGCCAACAAUGUGGCACCCACCUCCUUCAAGCCGCUCACCCUCAGUACCUCUCCCACCACAGAGACUACAUCACUGCAUCCAUCACCACCAAGGGCACUUGUGCCGCUGUCCCUGCCCUCGCGAGCUGGAGACGAAGAUCCCUCUUCAGCUGACACACCCACCAACAUGAGUGGCAGCCACACCGCCAUCUGGAGUGAAUGGUCGCACCAACAACACCAGCAACCGUCGACAAGGGGCUGCUCGCAGUGUGCAGCACUGCAACAGCGCCUCACACACUACCAACAACAACAACAGCAGCAGCAGCAGCAGCACACGCCGCAGACGGUGCACCGGCUCAAGCGCCGCAUCAAGGCGCUGCAGCAGAACAACAAGGCCCUCGAGGCCCAAAUAGCGUUCCUCAGCCAAGGGAAGCGCAGCAAGCACCUGCCGCCCGGCUCUGCGUGCAGCACGGCCCCAGCAUCGCCGGCGCCGCCGCCCCCGUCCGUGGCCACGUCGUUGCGGGCAUCACCCGUGCCAGGCGCGCACCCCGACAGCAGCAGGGCGGUCACACCAUCCACGUCAGCAGCAUCAACAGCAGCAGCAGCAGCAGCAUCAACAGCAGCAGCAGCAGCAGCGACCACUGGCACACCGGCCCGCCACGAUGUGACGUCGCUGCGGCAGGCACGCACCGUGAUCCAGGACCAGCAGGAGAAGGUUGAGGGCCUUCGCAGGCAGCUGCAGGCGGCGCGGGAGCACGUGAAGCAGCUUGAGGCCGUGCUGCUGCAGAACAGGGGGCGGCUCAUGGGCAGCAGCACGGGCUCGGCCGCCGUCGCUGCCGUCAUGGGCCGCAUCGCUGCUGCGGGCGGCGACAGCGCCAACAGUAGUGGUGACAGCAGCAGUAGCGGUGGCGGCGGGCUGCGGAGUGUUCCGGCAGACGUUGAGAUGCAGCGCGAGUUGCGGCGGCUGCGCUCGGAGAACCAGCGGCUGCGGCGGGACAUGACCAAGGAGAGGGCCCUGCGGCGCGAAGCACAGGCCGAGAUGGACACCCUCGAGGCACAGCUGCAACAACAUCAACGACAGCAGCAACAACACCGGCAACAGGCUUGUGGAGGUGCGCCGUCGACAGGGAAGCACGGGGAGCCACCACAAGCAAGCACGGAAACCAAAUGCCACGGAGGCGCUGAGGGGAGCACAGCCAAGGUGUCUGUGCAGAAGGUGAAGGCAUUCCUGCAGAAGCAGCAGGAGAUGAAGCGGCUGCAGCAGCAACAGCAACAGAAGCAACGCAAGGAACAACAAGCACAGCGAGUACAGCGACAGCAACUGCAACUGCAAAAGAAGCAGCAGCAGCAGCAGCAGCAGCAGCAGCAGAAGAAGCAAAAGAAGAGCCAGAAUCGCGAGCUGUUGUCGUCAGGUCCACAGCGUACAUCUUCAACAAGCAACGAAACACCCAGCAGUCACGCGACUGCACCCCGCACUGCCAAACCACAUCAGCCACCAUCACAGCCACAACAGCAGCAGCACCAGCAAUUGGCAGGUGGCGCGAAACACCCGCCGCGCUCGCCGCGUAAGGCCACGCGCCUGCUGUCUGAGAGCGAACACCAGGCGCUGGCAAACGCCGUUGCAGGGAAGGAGAAGCAAGCCAAGGGCAGGGCCACGACCACCGCCCCCGCCGCAGCAGCAACAACAACAACAACAACAACAACAACAACAACAACAUCGGCGGCGGCAGCGGUGGGGGCAGCGAGAGGAUCGAAGCUGAAGGCACUGGUGAAGAAGGUGGCUGGAUCAGCAAGGAUGCAGAACGCUCGCUUCAUGCAGCAACGGCAGCAACAGAUGAAGAGGCACCAACAACAACAACAACAACAACAACAACAACAACAACAACAACAACAACAACAACAACAACAACACCAACAACAACAACACCAACAACAACAAGGUGGUGGUGCUACUUCAGUGGCUGCACCGCCACCGGAAAGGAGCACACCUGACGGCGACGGCAGCACACCAGCAUCAUCCUUCGCGACAGCGCUGCUGCCAUCAUCAUCGUCUUCCUCGUCGUCACCGGAGCCGGCUGCGAAGCGGGCCAAAAUGUCACCAGCAGAAACAAACGGCCAUGCCACCGACAGCGGCACCAGCAGCAGCAGCCAUGGCAGCAGUUUGUCGCCGUUGCGGCGCUCACCACGCCGUCACAAGGGCACACGCACGCCAACACAUGCUCGGGGGCCAGCGAAUGAAGAUGCCGCCACACAACAACAACAACAACAACAACAACAACAACAACAACAACAACAACAACUGAGACAACAACAACAACUGAGACAACAACAACUGAGACAACAACAACAACAACAACAACAACAACAACAACAACAACAACAACAACAACUGAGACAACAACAACUGAGACAACAACAACUGAGACAACAACAACAACAACAACAACUGAGACAACAACAACAACAACAACAACAACAACAACAACAGCAGCAGCAGCAGCAGCAGCAGCAGCACCAGGAGAUAGGUGCCUCCCCUGAUACCGAGACUACCAAGUUAGCAACACACGGCAGUGAGUACACCCCGACGGCUGCCAUCAGCAGCGACAGUGACAGUGAUGUGGACAUGAGUCUGGACUUGGAUGCGCCGCCGCCGUGGCAGCAGCAGUUUCGCCGCACCCACACACCAGCAGCGGCCACGACCACCGCUCGUGCACCGAGGCUGGCACAGCUGCUCGUUGUGGAUGCUGGCAAGAACGCUGACGGUGCGCUGACGGUGCGGGACGUGCUCCUCAAACACCGGGCAACCGCUGCUGCACCGCCAUCAUCGUCAUCAUCAUCAUCAUCAUCAUCAGCGACAACAGCGUCGUCGUCGUCGUCGUCGUCGGUCACAACCACGACAGCAGCGGCGACGCGCGCACAGAAGUUGUUGACAGCCAAGUCAGGAGCGCAGCCAUUGAAGCAACGAGCGGCGACAGUUGAGGGGUGGGUGCAGCAGUGGAGCAGUGAUGUGAAGAGCAAGCGCACUGUUCCCUCUAUUUCGGCCGUCUGCCGGCGUGCUGUGGACACCAUGCCGUCGUCAGCCACGCUCUCUGAUGCGCUGCUGGCGCUUGUUCGCUUCUCGCCGCACCCAUCCGCAUCCAAGGCAGCAGCAGGGGCAACGGCACCGAGCACGGCGACACCUCCUGCGCUCGAGAGCAAGCUGUUCUCGCCCGCAUGCCACACGCCAGCGCCUGGUCGCAAAUCAUCAUCAUCGUCGUCGUCGUCGUCGUCGUUGGCAGUGACAACGACGGCGGCGGCGGCGUAUCUCGUGCGCGCUCUCAUCGCCCACUCCGACACCACAUCAUCCCCACCAACAGCAGCAUCAGCAUCAGCAGCAGGUGGCAGGGCCCAGGGGGCUGACACUGCAGUCACGGCUGUGCUCGAUUCCCUCUAUGACAUUUGCUUUUCCGACGUGUGCACGCCGCCCUCCUCGCAACAGCAGCAGCAGCAGCGAGCUGUUGUGCUGUUUGCGUGGGUGUGUGCGGCGAAGGGGCUGCGGCACCGCGUCACGGCGUUGCUCCUCGACCUGUGUCUCCGCGCCUACACAACUCGGCCCGCCCUUGCGGCCAGCUGCCUCUUGGCGUGGCUCACCGCACCACCACCAACAUCAACAUCAACAUCAACAUCAACAUCGCUCCCGGCGGCCUCAUCACUGACGGUGUCAUCCGUUGUCGUGAAUGCUCGUGGCGGUGGCACGCCACACGCCAAUCACCAUCACCCUCACCAGCAGCACCCGUUUGCAGAGGGCGAGCACGUGCUGGUUGCCUGUCUCAACAUUGUACUGUCGGACCUCGCUCAGCAGAAGAAGACGAAGCAGCCACCGACAACAACAACAGCUGCUGCUGCUGCUACUGACUGCGCUCUAGCCGACCGCUGCCUGGGGCAUCCUCGCUGGCGGGCGGCGUGCACGCGUGCAGCCGCGGUGCUGACCCGUGCUUGUGUGCAGUCCCCACAUGCGCUUGUGCAGCACGUGUACGCCCGCUGCCUAGCUGCACGUGCUGGUGCUGGUGCCGGUAUGAUGCAGGUGGAUGUGCUUCGCCACGCCGCCUUUGUUGCUGGUGUGGACAUGUGUGACGCAGCUGUGAUUGGCAAGCUGACGGCAGCACAAGACAGCACGCGUGGCCUCAGAUCGCUGUUUGUGUACGGGCUGCGGGUGCUCUGUGUUCACUUUGGGUUUGAGUUUGCAUACGAGCACGUGCUUGGGGAUGCGUUCUGGCAGCUGGCGGAGCAAGCAAGCGCGCCGGCAUCAGCAUCGUGGUUUGGCGUGGCUGUUGUCGAGCUGCUUGGGUUUGCGGUGCGCAUGUGCCAUGAGCAGUACCCUGACAAGGCGACGCGCCCACCCGACAUUGACCAGGUGUACCAGUACCUGUUGUCGCAGGUUGGCGCGCUCGUGUCUGCGCUGCCGCCACGCGUCAACACGGCGACGGCGACGGCCGCGGCCCGCUGCUGCUCUCAUGUGCACACGCGCACCCCGUGGUCUUCCCUUCAGCAGUUUGCAGCCAUCAUCUCCUCGCAGUAG